AAAUUGUUCUACACUUUUAUUUGAGAGUGUUUCUUUAUUACUAAAUAAGAAAAUAUAAUAAAAUAUAGAAUUUGAUUAGUAUUUUCAAAGAUUUGCCAUCCUGGAGAGAAAGUUGAAAGUAAUUCAUUUAUUUGAUUUGUAAUUUCGACUGAAGGAUCUGCACUUACAUUUAUUCUACGAUCCUUAACAGACAAAUAUUAACAUUUUGAUGCAUCAGCCUAAUCAAUAAUUAAGUUUAAAUUAUGUUGGAUACAAUAACCAGGUGUAAUUAUUACCACUAUGUUAAGGGUCUUAAUUUAUAGUCACAAUAUACCUUUUAUGCAAUUACAAAUGGUUGGUUCUCUUAUCAGUAUGAGAAAAUAACUUAUUUCAUUAUGAAAUGUAAUUUAUGUGAGUGGAAAUAAUUACACUUUUGUAAAUACAAUAAAUAAUAUUAAAUCUGACCACCUAUGCAUAAUAAUAGCUUGCAAGGAUUUUGUACAAGUAAAUUACAUUAAAAGGAAAAAUUUAAAGGUGUCCUAGGUUUGGUAGCUACUAACAAAUAUGCAAUCAACUUUUCUACUAUCAACAAUAUUGCCCGUUUCCACCAUUCUUGAUAACUGGUAUUUAGGAAUUAUGCACCAUGUUACAAAAGAAUUAAAAUACUGGAAAUCAUAUAAAAAUACAUUGUAAAAUAACAGGUCAAUUUUUGAAAUUUUUCAUUAAAUAUAUGGAACAAAGAAAAUAGGAUUCUCUGUACAAAGUUUAAUUUAUGUACUUUUGAAUUAAAUUUUAUAUGUGCAGUUUUCAAAAUAUAUGCAUUAAAUAAUGUGCAAUAACCAUCAUUUAAAUUGUAAAUGUAUACAUCAAACUACUAUAAGAUUAAUAAGACACUUAAUUUGGGUAAUGGCAGUAACAAUAAUUAUAUACUUUGUAAUAUUUGGACUACUGCCUGUUAUAUUUCAUUAUUCUUGCACUAUACAAAGAAAGAUACUAUUUUCAAAUUUUGUACAAUGGCCACUUAAUGUAGAUUUUUCAAAUCCAGAGUCAGUUGGAAUGAAAGGAACAAGAAAUUUUUAUUUAACAACAGAUCAACAAGUAAAAAUAGGAUUGUGGCAGGUGCUACCUCAAUCUUUAUUAAAUAAUACCAAUAUUACAGCAGAUGAUGAUUAUGAAGAUAUUUUAAGGAAUGCUAAGCAACCAGUUUUUCUUUAUAUGCAUGGUAAUAGUGGUAAUAGAGCAAGUAGUCAUCGCCUCGAACUUUAUAAAUUAUUUCAGUCUUUAGAUUAUCAUGUUAUAGCCUUUGAUUAUAGAGGCUAUGGUGAUAGCGAAGAAGCAGAGCUCUCUGAAUCAGGUGUAGUUACUGAUAGCAAAUAUAUCCUUGAAUGGUUGCUGAAAUUAGUGAAUAAUACAGCUCCUGUCUUUGUAUGGGGACAUUCUUUAGGCACUGGGGUCUCUACUCAUGUACUAGCAUUAUUAGCAAUAGAAAAUAUCCAGCCUGCAGGGUUAUUUUUAGAAUCGCCAUUUAAUAAUAUUGCAGAUGAAUUAAGUGAACACCCUCUGUCACAGGUGUUUAAACAUUUACCGUGGUUUCAUUGGGUAAUAGUUGAACCAUUUUAUAACAAUUAUCUUCGAUUUGAAUCAGACAAACAUAUAGAAAAGAUUCAAUGUCCUAUUAUGAUAUUACAUGCAGAAGAUGAUGGUAUUGUACCAUUUUCGUUAGGUGAAAAGUUAUUUAAAUCAGCUAUAAAUUAUCACGGUAACAGUACAAAUCGUAUUCAAUUUAUACGAAUAGAUGCAUCAUAUGGUUUCGGCCACAAAUACAUAUGUCGUUACAAGGAAUUACCUAAUAUAAUUAAAACAUUUAUAAGCGUACCACAUGAGAAGUACUAGUUAAAUUGUUUAGUAAAAGUGUACUUUUAUGAUCAGAUGAGGUACUUUUUGUGGUAGGUAUUAGUAUUUGAAUAAUAUGACGUAAAACGAUAGUACUCCAUUGUACUAUUAUGUUUUGUUUAAAUUCAGUCAUUUUUAUUGUUUCAAUUUUAUAAUAUACAUAAUUUUUUAAAUAAACAAUUAACUUAAUUUAAUUAGGUUUAUAAUACAUUUAUAUAGGAUGCAUAUUGCAUAUGUAGCAAUAACAAUUAUUUUAGUUGAACAAUGAAAAAAGAAAGAAUUGUAUGUAUUAUACAUAAGGAAACGUGGUAUAUUAUUAAAGUUACUCCUGUGAUAGUUAUUUCAAUGCCACCAUCA